CAGAAACAGAGACAAAUUCUAAAAAAGAAACAAUCUUUAGACAAAAGAAGAGAAAUUUAGUCAUGGGUUAGUCUGCAAAAUUCAAUUACGUCUUCUUCUUCUUCUUCUUCUUCAUCUUUGAUUUGUUGGCGUGUUUAGGGUUUGGGAUUUGGAGGAGAGGCAAAAUGUUGAAUUAAAUAAAUCGAACGACUCUGGAUUCCUCGGCGGUUAACGACCGCCGUCGCCGCCGCCGUCAUAAUCCAACCACCACCACCAUCAACGACCUUGAAUUUCCACAAUAUGCUUCAUCAAUGGCACCAGAUAACGACCAUUUCUUAGAUUCUCCGUCGCCGCCUCUUCUAGAGAUGAGACACCACCAAUCAGCGACGGAGAACGGUGGUGGUUGCGGCGAGAUUGUGGAGGUACAAGGAGGUCACAUUGUUCGGUCAACAGGAAGAAAAGACAGACAUAGUAAAGUAUGUACAGCGAAAGGACCACGUGACCGGCGCGUGAGACUCUCAGCUCCGACGGCGAUUCAAUUCUACGAUGUUCAAGAUAGACUUGGUUUUGAUCGACCAAGUAAAGCUGUUGAUUGGCUUAUUACUAAAGCUAAAUCCGCCAUUGAUGAUCUUGCUCAGCUUCCUCCUUGGAACCCCGCCGAUACUCUUCGUCAACACGCCGCCGCUGCUGCUAACGCUAAACCCAGAAAAACCAAAACUUUAAUUUCUCCGCCACCGCCACAACCGGAAGAAACAGAGCAUCAUCGAAUCGGAGAAGAAGAAGAUAACGAAUCGAGUUUUCUUCCGGCGUCAAUGGAUUCUGAUUCGAUAGCUGACACUAUAAAGUCGUUUUUUCCGGUAGCUUCAACGCAACAGAGCUAUCAUCAUCAGCCACCGUCACGAGGCAAUACACAGAACCAAGAUCUUCUUCGUCUCUCGCUUCAAUCUUUCCAAAAUGGUCCACCUUUUCCUAAUCAAACAGAACCUGCUCUGUUCUCCGGCCAGAGCAAUAAUCAGUUAGCGUUUGACUCAUCGACGGCAAGCUGGGAACAGAGUCAUCAGUCACCGGAAUUUGGAAAGAUACAGAGACUAGUGUCAUGGAACAACGUCGGAGCAGCUGAAUCCGCCGGAAGUACCGGAGGAUUUGUGUUUGCUUCUCCGUCGUCGUUGCAUCCAGUUUAUAGCCAAAGUCAGCUUUUAUCACAGAGGGGUCCCCUUCAGUCCAUUAACACACCUAUGAUUCGUGCUUGGUUUGAUCCUCACCAUCAUCAUCAUCAUCAUCAGCAGUCCAUGACCACUGACGAUCUCCACCAUCAUCAUCCCUACCAUAUCCCUCCCGGGAUUCACCAAUCUGCUAUUCCAGGCAUUGCAUUUGCUUCAAGUGGUGAAUUCUCCGGUUUUCGUAUACCAGCACGGUUUCAAGGCGAACAAGAGGAGCACGGCGGCGACAACAAGCCGUCCUCUGCUUCAUCCGAUUCUCGCCAUUAAACAAGUUCCAAAAACACAUAAGAUUGUGCAACACAACAGGUUUCUUUUCAUAUUCCAGGGCGCUUCGAAUGCGUGGAAUAGUGAAGGCGGUUUUCGUUGUUGUGUGUUUCGAAUAUCCAAAUGGCCUAUAAAUCUGAUCAACAGUUUCAGGUUCUUCUUAAGUCUUUAAAAGCCUAGGCCUUGGUUAAUUUGAAUUCAUCUUGUAUCAAUUAGAGAACGUUCUGUAAGUUCAAUUCUGUUUUACAAUGUUUAGCUCUAGCUACAUGAGCUCACAUCUUGUUUGUUGUAACUUGUUCUACAAUUACUUGUCCUUUAUUUAUGUUCUUGUGUUGGAAACCUUUAACCCCACUUGAAGCUAAAGUCUUUUGUUUGCCCUUU